AUGUUGGACUCGGAUGCCGAAGUACCGCAAGAAAUGCUGGUGGAAUACGAAAAACUGUUGAAAAAGUCAUACACGGAAAAUUUUGACGAAUUGUACAAGACCGACUUGCUGAAGGUAAUUGGGAAGGAUGGGUACGGCUCACACAUCGUUUUGUUGAUUCCGUGUUUUAUCGUUUCGUCCGGUGCAGACCCUGAGAAGACACUGAGAUACGCCAUCCUGACGUUGGACCCUAUCGUGAAGGAGAACUACGUGCUGAUUCUGUGCGAAACGCAUACAAGUUGGCUGACCGACGCGGUUUACGCGUACGCAAAGCAGUGUAAGGAGGGCAAGAAAAACGAGGAAAAAAAAAAAAAAAAAGUGACCAAUUGUGAUGGCGCAAAAAGGUACGAUACUCUUCCGAGGAAAUACAAAAAGAACCUAAAAAAACUGUACUUGGUGCACAGUGGGUUCAUGUCCAAAACGAUGCUAACCAUUGUGACUCCAUUCGUUUCAGCCAAAUUCUGGAAGAAAGUAGAAUACAUAGAAAAGUUAGAAGAUCUAUUUUUAAAAUUAAAUAUAAAUCCAACAUAUUAUUUGAGAUGUUUUCCAUACAUAGUUCAGAGAAAUGAAGAAGUACUAUUAGGAGGAAAUACAGUUUCUGUUUUUGGAGCAGACUUAGAAAUUUUAUGUCAACGAUUUGGAAAAACCUACAUGGAAUAUAAACACAUCCCAUCCAUCAUUGUGGAUUUCUUAACCCAUUUAUUGAAACCUGAAAUUGUUAAUACGAAAGAUCUGUUUUAUUUACAAACAGAUGCAAAUACAUUGUAUGGGAUAAUUGGAGACAUAGAAUAUGGAGAACCGACAACCGACUUUAACAACAUUCCUUCUCUAGUCUGUUCAUUCAAGCUUUUUUUAGAUACACAGAAGCAUGGGUUGUUGGGUAAAGAGGCAUUUACGAGAUUGUACCAUUUAAAAACCGUUUCAGCAUCGGAUAAGUCGAUUAGAAGUGUUUUAUUUAAACUGUAUGAUAAGCUUGAACCUGGUGUUAAGGAGUGUGUAGUCUGUCUUUUGGAAUUUUUUAAAACCGUCUCAAUGUAUUCAAGUGAGAAUAACAUGACGGUGGAAACUCUGGCUAAAAUUUUUGCUCCCACCUUCUUCAGACCCAGGGUUCCGAACGCCGUUUUUUCGCAGUGUAUUCCUUUGGCGAAUAAGUGUCUGCAAAUGAUAAUUGAGUCCCCCGACAUUUUGACGGUGAGUUGA